UCUUCAAUUAGGAGAACUUUUUUGUGUGAAAUUUCGCCGGUAUCACGAGAAACAAACAAAAUGCCUAAAGACGUUGGUGCCUAUCUAGCAGAGCAGCAGAAGAAGUCAUCAGGUGAAAUUGCAUCAGAAUGGGCUCAGCUAGAAGAACUUUACAACAAAAAAUUAUGGCAUCAGCUGACACUAAGACUUCAAAACUUUGUGAAAAAUCCUGUGUUCAGCAAAGGGGAAGGCUUAAUAAGGAUGUAUGAAAACUUUUUAUCGGAUUUUGAACACAGGAUAAACCAUCUGUCUUUAGCAGAGAUUAUUCUAUAUGUAGUGAAACAGAUAGCAGAUCCCAAACAAGCAAUAGAUUUCUUGGAGAAGAUUAAAGAAAAGGUGAAAGCUAGCACAGAGGCCCGUGUACUAUGUUUAACACAGAUAGCCACCAUAAAGUUAAGAACUAAAGACCUCGAUGGAACAAAGACAGUGGUUGAAGAAUGUCAGGGUAUACUAGAUACUUUGGAUGGAAUCUCAUCAGUCCAUAGCCGGUUCUACGAGUUGUCCAGUAACUACCAUAAACUGAUGGGAAAUCAUGCUGACUAUUAUAAAGAUGCUUUGAGAUUUCUUGGAUGUACAUCUUUAGAUGAUAUUCCAGCUGGAGAGCAGGCAGAAAGAGCAUUCAACCUCGGACUGGCUGCAAUACUUGGGGAAGGAGUAUACAACUUUGGGGAACUUCUUGCACAUCCAAUUCUGGAUUCAUUAAAGACCACAGACAAGGACUGGGUUGUCUCAUUAUUGUAUGCAUUUAACAGUGGAAAUAUUUCAAAGUUUGAUGAUCUCAAGAAAAGUUGGGGAGCACAGCCUGACCUUGCAGCUCAUGAGAUUUUGAUGAGACAGAAAAUAUCUCUGCUUUGUCUAAUGGAGAUGACAUUUAAGAGACCAGCCACAAACCGACAGUUAACAUUUGCAGAAAUCGCCACAGAAACAAGAUUACCAGAAGGGGAGGUAGAGAUGUUAGUUAUGAAGGCAUUGAGUCUUGGCCUUGUUAAGGGUUCAAUAGAUGAGAUAGACCACAGAGUACACUUGACAUGGGUACAACCUAGAGUUCUAGAUCUUGAACAGAUUUCCAAUAUGCAGUGUAGGUUGCAGCAGUGGUGUGAAGAUGUUAAACAGAUGGAAAGAUUAGUGGAAGUGAAGGCCCAUGAUAUUCUCACAUAAACAUUAAGAAAAACUCAUUUUAUAGUGUCAUAUGUGUCAUCCUUUACAUGCGUUUGAAUGCUGUAAAAGCAGAAUUUUUGCGAGGGCUCAAUUUUCGCUACAUUUGUGAGGGCCUACAUCUCACAAAAAUUAAUCCUCGCGUAAAUAUUCACCAUUAGCAUAAUUUUAAUUAAAGUAUGAUACCAUUUUUACAAUUUCGUUAAUAUCAAACCUCAAGAACAUACUCAAAAUUUCAAAUUCACGAAAUUUUGACCCAGCAAAAAUAUGUGCUUUUACAGUAAUAUCUUUAAAUCAGUGAUUUUCUUUGUGUAGAGACUUUGGCCAAGUGUUGAUGAAUGAUGUAAAUUUCUUUAACGCUAAAAUGUAUGUUGAUAAGUCUUUAUACAGUGUUUUCUGCAUGUGUAAAGAUAAACUUAAUCUAAGAUAUAUGGAGAUAGUCUAGACACUUCAGCCUGCUUGAAAAGGUGUGCAAGCACUCGUAACAAUACAUUGUUACUAUAUAAGAAAUGACAUCCUGGCAAAGGGUGUAAUGUUCAGUUAUUUAUUUUAAGUGCUCUUCUCGGUGGUUUAUAGUUCUUUAAUGUUUUAAGUUACUUAACCGUAUUUAAAGCAUAUUUCUCUGGUUACAAUUAAGAUUAAAAGAAAUUUGAUACUUUUUGUCGAAAUGUGCUAAAUAUCAAUAAAAUAAAUUGAAAAUGUU